UUAUCUCCAGCAAUGCCCCCUUUCUCUCUCUCUUCCGGUUGUUCUGCGCUUCGUGUGGCAGACGGUGAUCAGAAAUGGCCAAGUCCAAGAACCACACCACACACAACCAGUCUCGUAAGUGGCACAGAAAUGGCAUCAAGAAGCCACGAUCUCAGAGAUACGAGUCUCUCAAAGGGGUGGAUCCCAAAUUCCUGAGGAACAUGCGCUUUGCCAAGAAACACAACAAGAAGGGCGCGAAGACCAUCGCAAGGAAAGAGGCGUCCAAAUAGAGGAAAGACCUGCGGAGUCUCCAGUGUACAGAUGAUGAUUUCUACACAAUAAAGCCAUGCUUUGAGAACGA